AUGGCUACCCCCAGUGUUCUCGCUAUUGACGCUAAGGGUCAGGCCAUUGACUUUGAGGUCUGGGUAGAUGACCUGCAGCUUUUCCUACAGUGCGAUAGGGCAGACGGUCUCUCCCUCUUUGACCUCACCUCUGGCGCCUCUCCUGCCCCUGCUGCUGACGCUGACGCCACUGUUCGCUCACAGUGGGCCACUCGCGAUGCUGCUGCACGUCUUGCUGUGCGUCGCCACCUGCCUACCACUGAGAGCGCGCACUUUAGUCAGUACAAGAGUGCUCAGACCUUGGACCACUUCCUCUCAGUCUGUCCCACCACUCUUACUGUUGACCUCCUAGAGAAGGCCCUCCUAGCAGCGGAGAAGAGCAUAGUCGCUCUAGGAGCCUCUCGUGGUGACCCCCGCACCCCCAUCUUUGAGGGGUGUUCCCCUUUCCCCCUUUUGCCCUCUGUCGCCUCUGCUGCUGCGGUUGACCUCGUUGGUCUUGAGUCGGCCGGUGCGGCGUCUGCCCCUAGCGGGAGAUGCCUCUCUGGCAAGGGCAAGGGGGGCAAGGGCGCGGGUGGAGCUAGCGGGGGUGGUGGAGGUGGCGGUGGAGGCGGCGGGGGGAGUGGGGGUGGCGGUGGGAGUGGUGGCGGGGGUGGAGGUGUCGGUGGCAGCAGCGGAGGCGGAGGCGGAGGAGGCGGUAGCGGUGGGAGCGGAGGCGGCGGUGGUGGCGGAGGUGGAGGAGGCGGUGGUGGAGGAGGUGGAGCUGGUCGGGGUGGCGCUUCGCAGCAGAGCGGCUCCGGUGGUGGUCAGCGCCAGCAGCAGCAGCAGCAGCGUUCUUGGGACAUCCCCCCCCCUCAGCAGCUCCGUGAGUGGUACACGCAGCGUCAGCGUGGUAGGGAUUUUGGUCCGUGCACCUACGUCCUUCGUUCCGGCGACCGCGCGGGUGAGCAGUGUGGGGGUGCCCACUCCACCCUGCGCUGCUUUGGCCGCCUGACGGACGCUUGGCGUCAGCAGUUCCCGGAGGCUAGUGAGAUCCCCCGCUGGGGAGAGCUGUCUAGGGCAGGUGUCGCUAUCUAUGAUCUUGACUUUGAUGCUAUCCUUGCUGCCAUGUAUGCUGUGACUAUUAGUGAUGAGGGUGACUGUUACCGGUGUUUCCCGCCCGACCCGGGCAUUGGUACUGCUGCGCUAGGUGCUAAUGAGGCUGCUGCUCUAGGUGCCAGUGCGUCUGCGCCCUCAGGGGCUUCUCGCUCCUUCUUUCGAGACCGCACCACACUCACGCCGCUUGGUCGGCCGGUUGCAGUCUCCCUGGCAGACCCCUCUGGGGGUCUUGUCCUCUCUCACUUCUCCACUGUCCUCCCGUGUCGGGCUCUCCACUCUGGCACCUUGUCUGGUCUUUACCUCCCCUCGUUCUCUACGAACUUGGUGAGUGGUGCUGACCUGCAGGAUGCGGGGGUUCACCAGUUUACUCCUGCGAGUCAGCUGGUGACCCACUGCACGGACGCUGGCACAGGCCGGCACCUGGCCACGUUUACGCGUUGGCCGGGGUCGAGCCUCUACACCCUGACCACUGGGUCUCCUCCUGUCCCUGCGUCUGGCCAGGUAGCUGCGUCGGGUCAGGUGUUUGCUGCAGCGUCCAGGUCUGGUCCUGAGUCUGCCCCCUGCUCGUGUCGCCUCCUAUCUCACGAGAGUCUCCUGUGGCACCACCGUCUUGGUCACCCCUCCCUGCCCCGUCUCCGAGGCAUGGCUUCUCGUGUCGUGGUCUCUGGUCUUCCCCGGUCCCUCCCUCCCCUUCCUCCUGGACCUGGUCCUUCCUGCGUCCCCUAUGUCGAGGGGCGCCUACGGGCUGCCCCUCACUCCUCUCAGUUUCCCCCGACAGAGGCCCCACUGCAGACGCUUCACAUGGACGUGUGGGGCCCAGGCCGCGUCCGUGGACUCGGUCACGAGCGCUACUUCCUACUAGUGGUUGACGACUACUCGCGUUACACCACAGUCUUCCCCUUGCGCACCAAGGGCGAUGUCUCUGAGGUGCUGAUCGACUGGAUCCGCGCAGCUCGUCUCCAGCUCAGGAGGAGCUUCGGCUCGGACUUUCUUGUUCUGCGUCUGCACUCUGACCGAGGCGGAGAGUUCUCCUCUGGCCUUCUGCAAGCCUACUGCCGUGCGUGA